AAAUAGAGAGGAAGGGAGAUAGUGUAAGUUUAAGUGACAUACCCAUAUUUCCGUGAUUAAAGGUUCCUCCCUGCCACUAUCUAUUUGAGAGAAGGAGCUCUGGUGCUGUCGACGACACAACGUUUAUCUGUUUCCAGCAAAUUCAUCAGGACAAUGAACUCGAUGCCGACUGCUUCCUCUGAGCAUGAGGAUUUGGUGAAAGAGUUGCGUAUUGACAUGGAGAAAAACUUGGAGCCCGAGCUUCAUCCUGAUGAGUGCUGUAUUUAUAGGGUUCAUGAAAGGCUUCGUAAUGUAAAUGAAGAAGCCUACACUCCCCAAAUGGUUUCAAUAGGCCCUCUUCACCAUGGGACCAAACGAUUGGCUAAAAUGGAAAAGGUAAAGAGAAGUUAUAUGAAAUGUUUUCUUGAACAAAGAAUAGCAAUUGAGAAACGAGAUGACAUUUUUAGGUUCAUCCAAAUGCAUGAAAAUGAUAUACGUAAUUGCUAUGCAGAGAUAUCUGAACUUAAGAGUCAUGAAUACAUAAUGAUGAUUUUAUAUGAUGCUAUCUUUAUUAUAGAACUAUUCAUGAGGAUGUUUGAAGAUACAAGUGAUCCAAUUUUGUCUACAAGAAGUAUAAGACAUACUUUAAUGUUGGACUUGGAAUUACUUGAGAAUCAACUUCCAUACUUUGUCCUCGAAGAAAUACAUGGGUUAGCUCUUUUCUCUGGCAUGCCUUCCUUCAUGGAUAUUUCUCAUUCUUUCUUUAAAUCUUUUCCUAUUUGUGAGUUGACUGAAUUAACUUCCGAACUUUCGGUAAAACAUUUCACUGAUUGGAGAAGAAGUACUCUACUGGAAAAGUAUAAAGGAUCAAGUGAGGAAAAACGAUAUAGUAGGAGUAUACCAUGCGCUAUGAAGCUACAUCAGUUUAGAGUGAAGUUUAAGAAAACUGAAGGAAAUUGCAAGUCAUUAUGUGAAAAGCAUGGACAUGAGUUGCAACUACCACAAAUAGAAAUAGCUGAUGGUUUUGAAUGUGUACUUAGAAAUGUUAUAGCUUUGGAGCAGUACCUUUAUCAAGAUGAAACUCAUAUUUGCAGUUACGUUAAACUGAUGGAUUGGCUUAUCGAUACUGAAAAGGAUGUGGAUUUGCUUGUUGAGAGUGGAAUUAUAUUUAAUAGAUUCGGUGACAAUUCUUCAGUAGCAAAUAUGUUUAACAAACUUUGUCAAAAUAUCAGUAUAAGCGAAUCUUUUUACCAUGACAUAUGCGAAGGGCUUAGAAAACAUUGUGACAAUCCUUGGAACAAAUCGAUGGCAACGCUAAGAAGAGCUUAUUUCACUGACGAUGGGACAUGCAAUGGAACUGCUAUAGCAAUUCUAGCAAUAUAUCUCACUCUCAUACAGACCAUAUUCUCUAUCGCACAAGGUUUGUAAUUUUCAGUUAUGCUUGUACCCGCCUUGCAUUUCAGUUGUUUUAGUUUGAAUAAUAAUCAAAAGCUUGCUUUCUCUUC